GAGGUGAUUCUCUGCUCUUAAAAGAUCAAACUGUAGUACGGAGUAUAGGACUAGACUCGCUAUAUCUGUGCUAUAGCUAUUAUUCGCUCAUUAUCUGCUUUCAACCUCCACGAUCUUUCUUAUCCCCUCUCGCAUCAACCCGCCUACAUUCGAGCAAGCAGCCCAUUACCAACAUAAUGCCCGUCGGUAUAAAUCAGCCCUCGAAUCAAAUAAAAUUCACAAACGUAUCUGUCGUACGCUUAAAAAAAGGUAAAAAGCGCUUCGAGCUCGCCUGUUACAAGAAUAAACUCCUCGAAUACCGCUCCGGCGCCGAAACAGACCUUGACAAUGUUCUCCAGGUCCCCACCGUCUUCCUCUCCGUCUCCAAAGCACAAACCGCCCCAACUGCAGAACUCGCAAAGGCCUUCGGCAGCAAUGCCAAGCGUGAAGACAUCGUACAGGAGAUUCUGAGAAAGGGAGAAGUGCAAGUCGGCGAGCGGGAGAGAAAAGAGCUACUCGAACGGGUGGAGAGGGAGGUGCUGGAGAUUGUCAGUGCGCGGUUGGUGGAUCCCGUGUCGAAGCGGGUGUAUACCACCGGGAUGAUAAGCAAGGCGUUGGAUCAACUGAGUGCGGCGAGCGGGCAGCAGGGUGGGAAGCCCAAGAGUGGUGUAGAGACGCCGUCGGAGACGCCCUCGAGGAGCGAAACAGGCACACCCGUCCCGCCGUUGGAGGAGUCGACGUCCCAGCAUAGAAAGCCGUUGUGGACGGGAGUGGUGACGACCAAAUCUGCCAAGAGUCAAGCUCUGGAUGCGAUGAAAGCUCUCAUCUCGUGGCAGCCGAUUCCUGUGAUGCGCGCGCGGAUGCGGCUACGGAUUACAUGUCCUGCCUCAGUGCUGAAACAGGCGGCUAGAUCCACGACAAACACCAGUGGCGCUGCUGGGGGCGGCGCCGCACAGAAGAUUAACAAAGGAAAAGGCAAAAAGGGUAAGAAAGGAGAUGAUAACGAUGAUGAAGGUCGCGAUAUCGGCGGAGUCCAAGGUCCAUCGGCCGGAACAGGGACUGUCAAGGAUCGGAUCUUGGGCUACUUGGAACAGGUGGAAUCCCAAGAGAUGCUCGGAAAAGAUGAAUGGGAGGUUGUUGGUUUCGCGGAACCGGGAGCGUUCAAGGCUCUCGGUGAGUUUGUUGGCGGAGAGACCAAGGGAAGAGGGCGGGUGGAAGUGCUUGAUAUGGCCGUGACACAUGAGGAGUGAAUUCAGAAUUAUUUUAAUAUCAUUUGAUUGAUGCGAAUUGGUCCGCAACAAACUUCGUGACCUUCCAUUCAGGAAUCGCACUUUCGAGAUUGCCCUGGUUGCCAUCGCCUUGCACAAGAGAUGCAACUUCAUAUACCCAGAAUAGGCAUGUAUGUACUAUCGU